AUGAUCCCCGAGGCAGUCAUUACUUUGCUGGCCAUUGUAAGAUUGGGUGCUAUUCACACGGUUGUUUUUGCAGGAUUCAGUGCUGGUUCUCUUAAAGACCGUAUUUUAGACGCCGAUGCCAAGGUCGUUGUUACUGCCGACCAAUCGUUCCGUGGUGGAAAAGUCAUUGAGACUAAGAAGAUUGUCGAUGAGGCUCUUAAACAUACUCCUAAUGUAACUCACAAUCUCGUUUUCGAGAGAACUGGUAAAAAGGACGAUUUACACUGGGUUGAAGGAAGAGAUUAUUGGUGGCAUGAGGAAGUGGUCAAGCACAGACCUUAUUUCCCUCCUGUACCAGUCAAUUCUGAGCAUCCUAUUUUCUUGUUAUAUACUUCAGGUUCGACUGGUAAGCCCAAGGGUGUGGUCCACUCGACUGCUGGAUAUCUUUUAGGUGCUGCCUCGACUUCAAAGUAUGUAUUUGAUCUUCAUGACCACGAUAUCUUGUUCACUGCGGGAGAUGUUGGUUGGAUCACCGGUCAUACCUAUGUGGUAUAUGGCCCAUUGUUACUGGGUGCUACUACUGUUGUAUUUGAAGGUACUCCUGCUUACCCCAAUUUCUCGCGAUACUGGGAUAUUGUCGACGCUCAUAAGAUUAGUCAUUUCUAUGUUGCUCCCACUGCCUUGAGAUUGCUCAAGAGAGCUGGUUUGGACUAUAUUCACCACGAUUUGUCUUCUCUACGAACACUUGGAUCUGUUGGUGAGCCAAUUGCCCCUGAUGUGUGGACUUGGUAUAACGACAAUAUCGGUAAGGGCAGGGCCCAUAUUUGUGACACUUAUUGGCAAACUGAGACCGGUUCUCACAUCAUCAGUCCCUAUGCUGGUGUCACUCCUACUAAGCCCGGUAGUGCAUCCUUCCCAGUGUUUGGUAUUGACCCUGUUAUUAUUGAUCCUGUAAAUGGCCAUGAACUGGAAGGAAAUGACAUUGAAGGUGUAUUGGCUGUUCGCAGUCCCUGGCCAUCCAUGGCUAGAACCGUUUGGAAUGCUCAUGAAAGGUAUCUCGACACUUAUUUCAGACCUUAUCCUGGCUAUUACUUUACCGGAGACGGAUGUGGCCGUGACCAUGACGGUUAUUACUGGAUCCGAGGCCGUGUUGACGACGUUGUCAACGUUUCUGGCCACAGACUCUCGACUGCUGAAAUUGAAGCCGCUCUUAUCGAGCACCCUGCAGUUGCCGAGUCUGCUGUAGUCGGAAUUCACGAUGACCUGACCGGACAGGCUGUCAACGCAUUUGUGGCUCUCAAGACAAAACCCACUGACUCAUCGGCCACUAAAAAGGAGCUUAUUCUGCAGGUUCGUAAGUCCAUUGGCCCCUUUGCUGCUCCCAAACAAAUCCUGCUUGUCGACGACCUGCCUAAAACUCGUUCCGGAAAGAUCAUGCGUAGAAUUCUCCGCAAGGUCCUGAGUGGCGAAGAAGACUCGCUCGGCGAUAUCUCCACCCUCAGCAACCCUGAUGUUGUUCAACACAUCAUCUCUGUUGUCCACGCUACCAAGUAA